AUUCUCGCGACAACGAUAGCGAGAUUUGGUUAAAACACAGAAAAUAUGGCGGACAGGGUAACGCAGCUCCAAGACGCUGUCAAUUCGCUUGCAGAUCAGUUUUGUAAUGCCAUCGGGGUCCUGCAACAAUGUGCGCCUCCUGCAUCCUUCAGUAACAUCCAGACAGCCAUCAACAAGGAUCAGCCCGCAAACCCAACGGAAGAAUAUGCCCAACUGUUUGCGGCCCUGAUCGCCAGAACAGCAAAAGACGUGGAUGUACUAAUUGACUCUCUGCCCAGUGAGGAGUCCACGGCAGCUCUGCAGGCAGCCAGUCUCCGACAGCUGGAAGAGGAGAACCACGAGGCAGCAGCUCGCCUGGAGGAAGUGGUUUACCGUGGUGAUAUGUUGCUGGAGAAGAUCCAGAGUGCUCUGGCUGACAUAGCCCAAUCUCAACUCCGCACACGCAAUGGUGCCCUAAGUCAGCCAUCGGCGGCUGAAUCCUGACCCACACCAUGCACAAAACAUAGGACUCUAUUUUGUACCAUCAGAGAAUAAACUGCUAGCCUGAAAAUAUUCAAACCCAUACUAAAAGUGUCUGAAUACAUGUUUAAAUGUGUAGGAGAUUCUUACCAGACUGGUGUGGAUGAGAUGAGGUUUGAAUAUUCACAAAAACUAAACUUUUUUUUUUGGUCCCAUUUAAGUAAUUUGGUGUAGAAAAAGUAAGGCCUGUUACACAAUGGAUGCAUGUGCUGUGUGUCACGGCUGUAACAUGUCUCUCUUUUUAUUUAGGAACACUUAACCUCUUUAUUUUUUUUUUAUGCAAGUGGCGGGCCUCUGGCAGCAAAAAAUUACAGUGAAAAUGAUCUUUCUUCACAAUUUUGCCAUCUUUAUGUUUCAUACAUCCCAAAAACAACAGGUCCUGUUUCAAAGUAAAAGCACUCCACAUAUUAGUUUUGUUUCCAUUAAAAACAAUUCAACAAAGUUUUAUUAUGAAACAUGCAGCAUUGACUGAUGUGUUUUCAUGCCAGGGAGUCUUUGCUUUUAUGUAGGUACAGAGGAGUAUUUGGAGUCUUUAACAUUUUCAAAGGCAAAUUCUGUUUAGAACAUAGCGGAAGCUGCACUGAAGCCCUGCAGCAGUUGAGCUUGAGACAUGCACUCGGUGUAAAAUAUUGUUUCAUCCUACUUCCUCAUGCUCUAAUUUUGUAUGUUUUAUGGAAAGUAUAUGCUGUAAAUGACGUUUUAAUAUGUUUUGGAUGAAAUUGUCCUAAUUUGAGUUGCUGCUGCUCUCAAUAGUGACAUAACUGUUUUCUGCUUUAUUUAAAUAAAACUUUGGGCACAUCA